AUGGAAGGCAAAGCGAUACCGCGAUAUCAUGUAGACGAAUCGGAUACUGUUCGUACACUGACACUACCGUCAUGGACGAUAGUUGUAGAGAAUCACCCCAUAUCUAAUGCGUCUCAUCUGGAUGAGCUCCACCAGAAGCUAGGAAUUCCGUUACCUGAAAUGACAUUUGGUCACAAUGUUAUUCAACUAAAGCAUCACAAAUCAGGGUGGAUAUAUCGUUUCGAUACGUUGCACGCUCUUCAGAUGGUAAAAAACGGCCCGCUCGAAGAAGGGGACGGUGCAGCCAAAGUUCGCCAUGCCGAAGCAUGGUUGAAGAGCAGGACAGAUCCUCAAUCUCAAACACCGAUGCCAGAAACGGUUCCAACUAAACCGUAUGAUUGGACCUAUACAACCAUGUAUGAAGGACAUAUCCCUGAGGACCUGGAUCACGAGUUGGCUUUUAUUCGUGCCGAUCCUUCAGAAUCAAGCCACAGCAUACCUUUACAAGAACUACAGAGACAUGACCCCAUCUUAUUCUAUGCUCAGUCGCUACUAUUCGAGGACGAACUGCAUGAUAACGGGUCAUCUUCACUUCUCAUUAGACUUCGCGUUAUGCCAGGCUGUCUCUUCCUUCUUGCGAGGUUUACUCUGAGAGUGGAUCAAGUCCUCUUUCGAAUAUUUGAUACCCGAGUUUAUCAUUCUUUCACUUCCUCACCUCCUCUGGUGGUCAAUGAGGUGCGUCUCGAGGAUCCCGAUGACCUCACACCCCUCACUGAUUCGACAUUCAUUGCAAAUACCCUGGGAUCAUUCACACCGCAGCAAAAGCAAAUGGGAGCAAACACAGGCUGGCGAGGCAUAGGAAGAAAAGUCGAAGUAGUGAUUACUAAUGCCGGCGCGUCUGGUGGACGCAUUGACCAGUACGAAGCCACUAGUCCUUGCUUAGACCUGACCACUCUGCAUCUCUUCUCCAAAAAUCUACAAAUCUUUCCGUCUUCUCAACACAGCAUGCCAACAGCCACCACAACUUCCAAGAAUGCCCAAUCCACUCUAAACUCCAAGUCUAGAUCAACUGAUCGAAACAAGGGCAAGGUUCAGAAGCGUCAGUUUGGGCGCGUUAGGCGCGAAGAUGAUGAAGACAUUGUUCGUGAAGCGAGAUCAGAUGAUGGUCAAUCUGAAAGCGAAAAUACCGAUGAUGCUGAUUCUUUGUCUGAAUCAAGCGCUCUCUCCCUUCCUGACUCACAUCUCCCCUCAAGUAGCCAAAGUCGCCCAACACCAGUCUACUCGAAUGGUCAAACGUCCACAUUAUCCGACGUGUCAGAACCUGGUACCUCUUCAGGGAAGCACUUACUCAGUGUUUUACAAGGAUCGCACCUGGAUUGGUCAGACAAUGUCAUGGCUACCGAAGGUGACGUGCCGGAAGUCCAGUACCAUGAAAUGGGUGACCUGGACUUAUCGGACCACCGGCGGAUUCCAGAAGAGGAGGGAAAGUCUACUGGCUCACCGAAACCUAAACGCAGGGGAGGUUCUACCUUCAGGAGGCCUGUUGGAAUGAGCGCUCGCCAAGUAUAUUUAAAGCGUUUAGAGAACGAUCCUGCGUAUACUCCACGGGUGGGAGAGUUUUGGGGACAUGAUGAACGGUUAUUGGACAAGGACCUUCGGAGUUUAAGUGGAUGGUGGCGAGGCAAAUGGACAGGUAGAGAAGAGGGGACGCCAGCGCCUGACGACCGCAAUCGUGGUCCAAUGGCCCGAGGGAAGGCUACAACAAACAGAGGAAAAGGCAACAGAUCACCUCCACAGGAAAAUGUUGACCCAGUUGAUCUGGCCUGGAAACAUGAUGGAUUCGAGGAAAUGCAGUCCGUCGAAGAGCGGGCCGUGGCCGCGGGGGAGGCUUUGCAGGUCGAACAUCAAGAUCUCACUCAUUUACCCCACAAACUCCGCAAUCUACCGAGGCACCUCGAAGACCUUAUGCGCACUCCCGAACGCAAUCUAUGGGCUGGAAUCGCUACGAGCAUGCAUGGACCAAGCAUGCUGGGCGAAGAGAUUGGUAUCCGCGUCAAACUGCCAGGUCAACAAAAAUUCAACGUCGUUCGUGUUCCAAAUAAACCUGUACAGAAGGAGGACAAUGAGACUCCUUUAAGUGAUCGCAGCGCGGCUCGAUCCUUCAUUGUCAGGUUGCCGAAAGUGUCCAAGGAUGAUAGCACCAACGACAAAGUCACCCUGGAGAGUGCCCACACCGUCGCGUCUCCCCCACUUCCCGAAGAGGCGACCAACCCAAUGUACUCCAUUCCAACACAAGAAGCUGGCGGAAAUUCUGCUCCUCUCACGGCACCCACCACUAUCGAAUUCGCCGAUCAGGCUUUACAAAUGGAUUCAAAGAUCCCCGAAGGCGUACCGGUUCCUUCUUCGUCCUUGCAGGUAUCGACUUCAGCGGAUCCAGCUUCAAAACCAAAUCCAAGCGUGCAGCUCCUGACAUCAUUACCCACCACCGCACCUUCUCCAGCCUUUUCUUCACCCUCCUACCCUCCUGGCUACCAAUUCUCACUCCCUCGCCCUACAGCUAUCUAUCCCCAGCAUAGUCAUCCAACCACGGAUACCUCGGUAUGGUACGACCCUCGUAUGCCGUAUGGAUAUCCUACUCCUCCACCAUUGCCUGGACACCAAAUGUAUACCCCUCCACCACAC